AAAAGAGAGAAAUUCAAAAAAAGAGAGAAGUGUUUGCAAGAAAAAAAAAACUCUCCUUCUCUCCCGGAAAAGAUCGAAAGCAGUCGACAUUUUCAUGCUCCAUUUUCUGCGUUUCUGUUCUUAUUCCAUUCUCCUGCCCAAAGAAUGCCACCGCUCUGAUCGAUCUUUAUCAGUCACGUGAGCACAUGCGAAGAAACUCAAACAAGGGGUGGGUUUGAAUCGUGGGAUAGAUCUUUGCGUUAAAAAAAAUCCCAUCUUGAAUGGGGGGAUUCUCUGACAAUGUUCGUGGACUGGUUUUAGCUCUGUCAUCCAGCAUUUUUAUUGGAUCGAGUUUUAUCAUCAAGAAAAAGGGUCUUAUGAAGGCUGGUGUCACUGGAAAAAGGGCAGGUUCGGGAGGCCAUUCGUAUUUGCUUGAACCAUGGUGGUGGGUUGGGAUGAUUACUAUGAUAAUUGGUGAGGCGGCGAAUUUCGCUGCUUAUGCAUAUGCCCCAGCCAUCCUUGUGACUCCAUUGGGGGCUUUAAGCAUCAUCUUCAGUGCAGUGCUGGCACAUUUCAUAUUGGGCGAAAGGUUGCAUAUGUUUGGAGUGGUUGGGUGUAUCCUCUGCUUGGUGGGGUCGAUCAGCAUCGUGUUGCAUGCUCCUAUAGAGAGGAAAAUUGAAUCUGUCAAGGAGGUGUGGCACCAAGCAACUGAACCAGGAUUCAUCAUCUACACUGGCAUAGUUAUAAUCGUGGUUGUAUUACUUGUCGUCCGCUUUGUCCCACUCUAUGGACAGUCACACAUGGUUGUCUACAUUGGCAUCUGCUCUCUCACCGGCUCCCUCACGGUUAUGGGGGUGAAAGCCGUAGGAACAGCUCUAAAGCUAACAUUUGAAGGAAUGAAUCAGUUCAAAUACUUCCAGACAUGGUUCUUCAUUGUGUGUGUCAUAAUGUGUUGCCUUCUUCAGCUCAACUAUCUGAACAAGGCGCUGGACACAUUCAAUACCGCAGUGGUGUCACCGGUGUAUUACGUGAUGUUCACAACCCUCACCAUUCUUGCUAGUGUCAUCAUGUUCAAGGAGUGGGAUCACAAUGAUGCAACACAGAUAGUCACAGAACUGUGUGGGUUCAUGACCAUCCUGUGUGGCACUUUUCUCUUGCACAAGACCAAAGACAUGGGCGGCGCAAGGGGCGGGGCCCACAGUCCCGUAACGGAAAGUCCAAUGGCGGCCAUCACCGCCCCUGCAGUCGCCGCCAGCGCAGCUCAGAACCUCAAUGUGAGGAGGAGAAGUGAAGGAGCUGAGGAGGAGGUCUGACAGAAGAUUUGAGUGAUUGUUUUCAUUGUUUUAAUGAUUCAUUAGCAACACAUUAAUCAUCAUUCCAUGGGGAACUAUUGGAUUUG